UUGGGUGUGCCAUUCGGGAAUUCAGUAUACUGCAGCAAAAGGGCGCCAGUUCUUGGGCCUCUCGCCAGUGAAUUAUCCGUAUUGGCAACAACUAAACGUUGAGACUGAGCCGCCCCAGCAGUCACAGCUGAACUACUAAACUUACACUCGUCUGACCGUUUGCGCUUUGGUGCCUAGCGACCAACAAACCACUACAUAAAGCAACGAGAUUGUGAGCCGGCUACACUUUUUCUUGCAACCCGAAAAAAACCCCAAGAACAACUCUUGGUCAAAUAACAACUUCACGCAGAACCUUUUAAUCAAAUCGACGAACCUCCUACUUUAAGUCGAAUCUAACGAUUGCAAAAUGGCGUCCAAGGUUUUCUCUGCCUUCUUCCUCCUAAGCAGCUUUGGAGAUGUGGCAGCUUUCUGGCGCAUGGAGUGUCAUGGCCGCACAGGUCUAGCUCGUAUUGAUCCAAUUAUGGAUGCUGGCACGAUAUCUCCUCAUAUCCAUACCGUCCACGGCUCUUCUGGUUUUUCGCUCAGCGCUACUUACGAUGAACUUAUCCAGGGGAGCUGCAGCUCGUGUGCCGUGAAGCAAGACAAGUCGGCAUAUUGGACACCUGCGCUCUACUUUCAAGAUAGCCAGACCAAGCAGUUUGAGAUCGUUCCUCAGGUUGGAGGAAUGCUUGCGUACUAUCUUCUGCGAGGAGAUAACGUUACAGCUUUCCCGCCGGGAUUCCAGAUGGUCGCUGGAAGCAACUAUCGACGAGACUAUACUGUUGGGGAUCCAAAGUCACCUGACCCCCCACAGUCUGACUGGGCUGCUCUCAAGCAAACUAGCCAGAAUGACCUCGAGCAACGAGCAAUCGGAUACAAUUGCAUGAACUACAAGAAGGCACCCGAAGGUUCGCUGCUACGUCACUACUUACCUGACAAGAGUUUCCUCGACGCAAACUGCCCUGAUGGUCUCCGCAUCGAAUUGAUGUUCCCAUCAUGCUGGAACGGUGAUAUCACAGCUACGGACCACAAGAGCCAUUUGGCCUACCCCAGCUUGGUUGGAAAUGGUGACUGCCCCGAUUCCCACCCGAAGCGAUUAGUUACUCUAUUCUACGAGACUAUCUGGGAUACCGGCAACAAACAGUUCAAUGGCCGCAGUGGAGAAUUUGUCGUUUCCAACGGUGACCCAACAGGAUUUGGUUAUCAUGGCGAUUUCAUGACUGGCUGGGAUGUUGAAUUCUUGCAGGAAGCUAUUGACACCUGCACGAACGAAUCCGGCAACAUCCGGGACUGCCAACUCUUUGUGAACAACGGGCCUCUCCAGACUGACGAGGAACAAAAUUCUUGUGAAUUCGAUGUUCCGCCAAUGCUAGCCCAGGAAGAUGGUUCUGCUCGUAACCUUGCAAACCUCCCCGGUAAUAUCCAGAUCCAGGCUGGCCCACAGUCUGCUACCCCCGGUGUCGGUAAUGCCAAUCCUAUCAUUUCCGCCGCAACUAGCUUACUUGGUGGUUUCUUUGGUGAUGGCGCCUCGUCGUCUACAACGUCCUCUAGUAUUCCAGCUGUUACCUCGUCCAGUGCAUCCGCAGCAAGCACAAGCUCAAUUGCUCCUGUCGAAUCAGCUCCGGCAUCUAAGAAUUUCGGUGCCCUUGCAGUGCCGCCUGCCGAGACGCCCUCUUCGAGUACGCCUCCACCUCCCCCGCCAACGACUACCCCUGCCCCAGCAGUUACUUCAGACCCUGGUGUGUCAUACGAAGUGGUUAGCACACAGACCAUUACGCGCGGUUCCGAAGUCGAAGUUGUGAUCUGGAAAGAGCCCGUUGUAUAUGUAACGGAGGAGUCCAUGACGACCGUAACAGUUGCACCCCCGGCAGUGAAGCCACGAAGAUUCUAUGGUAGACAUGCCUUACAGCACGCACACCAUGCUCGCAGGACUUAAAAGAUCAACCAAGCUGCGCGUUCUUUUAUAUUCGUUUCGGUGGAAAUACUUGUUCGCCAAUUAGGACCGGCGAUGAUUUUUUGCAUCAUGUUUCAGGGUCUGAUCCGA